UCUGUCGUUUAGCAUGUUGCUUUACAGGGAACGAAAACGUGGGUCUAGCUACGAUUAGCUAGGCUCUACUAUUUACAAUAUUUGUUAUUUUUCAUAACCAUAGAUAACCAGCAUUAUAAUACGUUUCUUUUGCCGCGUUAGAUCCAUAAUUUCCAGAUGGGGAAACCCCAGAAAAAUAAGAGUGUUGCGGAUAAAGUCCGCCGGACAAAAGCCACCACAGAGAUACAAAAUAACCCCUUCGAAGUGAAGAUAAAUAGGAAGAAGUUUGAAGUGCUUGGGCGAAAGACAAAACACGAUGUUGGCCUCCCAGGUGUAUCCAGAUCGAAAGCUAUUCAGAAGCGCAAAGACACGCUACUAAAGGAAUAUAAACAGAAAGACAAGUCUAAUAAGUUCAUUGACAGGAGGUUCGGAGAAUAUGACACAAAAAUGGCCCCAGAAGACAAAAUCUUGAAAAGGUUUGCUCUGGAGAGACAGCGCACACAUGACAAGAAGGACAUUUACAACUUGAAUGAGGAGGAGGAGCUGACCCAUUAUGGCCAAUCCCUGGCAGAAAUCGAGAAGUUCAACGAUGCUGUCGACAGUGACAGUGAUUCAGAGGAGAAAGGCCUGCUUUCUGCUGAGCUCACGGCAGCACACUUCGGCGGGGGAGGUGGAUUGCUCCGGAAGAAGACGCCAGGGGAAAGGGGGAAUGAGGGUGACCAAAGGGCAAAAUCCCGGCAGGAACUUAUUGAGGAAUUGAUCAUCAAGUCCAAGCAGGAGAAGAGAGCGCGCCAGAACCAGAAGGAAGAAUCACAGGAACUGACUGAGAAAUUGGACCAAGACUGGAAAUCCAUCCAGGCUCUCUUGUCCAAAAAGCCCCCUAAGUCUGCGGGCGAUGAGGAUGAGAAUAAGCCUAAGCUGGAGGAAUAUGAUAAGAUGGUGCGGGAGCUUGGGUUCGAGAUGAAGGCCCAGCCCUCUGAGAAAAUGAAGAGUCCGGAGGAGGUGGCGCGGGAGGAGAAGCAGCGGCUCCAGAAGCAGGAGGCUGACCGACUGCGCAGAAUGCAGGGUGACGUGGACGAGGGCGAGAGCAAAAAGCAGGUCCACUGGUCUGCUGACGACCUGAACGACGGUUUCAUCCUCGACAAAGAAGACAAGCGCACACUCUCCUAUCAGGAUGGGAAAUGGAAUAUAGAAGAGGAGUUGGAGAAAGAGGAGGAAGAGGAAGAGGAGGAAGGUGACGAGGAGGGUGACGAUGAGGAGGGAGAAAGCGGUCAGGAGGAGGAAUCUCUGUCGGAUGCUGAGGAGGAGGAGGAGGACGACGAAGGCAGCGACGAGGAGGAGGACAGCCACUCUGACCUGGACUCGGAGCCGGAGAGUGAAGGAGACAAAGAGCUGCCAGCCGAACCUUCGAGCUCCUUGAGCGAAGAGGAGAGACUGGCCCAACAGGAGGCUGCCAAAGCAGAGCUUCCAUACACCUUCACAGCUCCAGAGAGUUACAGUGACUUGAAGUCUCUAAUCCACGGACAUUCUCCUGAGAAACAGUGCCUCAUUGUGGAAAGAAUACAGAAGUGCAAUCAUCCGAGUCUAGCUGUGGGCAACAAGCUCAAACUGCAGAAAUUAUUUGGCUUCCUUUUGGAAUACAUUGGAGAGCUGGCCACCAGGAGUCCCCCUGAACUUAGUACAGUAAACAAACUAAUCCCGCAGUUGUAUGGUCUCUGUCAGUUAUUCCCGGAUGCUGCCUGCAAGGCCAUGCAGACCGUGCUCAAUGACAGUGCUCACGAAAUGGAGGAGGCUAUAGAGGUCAAAGGUCGAGCAUCUUUCCCAGGCCUCGAUAUGCUCGUUUACCUGAAGAUUACAGCGCUUCUGUUCCCCACCUCUGAUUUCCGACACCCUGUUGUCACCCCGGCCUUAGUGUAUAUAAGCCAGGCUCUCACUAAGUGUCCUGUGACCACACUGGAGGAAGUGACCUCAGGACUGGUUUUGUGUUGCCUGGCACUAGAGUACGUUACCCUUUCUCAGCGAUUCAUCCCAGAGCUCAACAACUUUCUCUUGGGUAUUCUCCACCUAGCUGUUCCUUUGAAGAAGACACUGGAUACCGAAGGUUACCCUGUGGUGCCUCCCUUCAGACGUGUGGGGAAGAACUGUGAUCUGCUGGUGAUUAGUAAGGCUGAGGGGGCGGAGUCAUGGAGCAGAAAGACGCUGCCAUUGGCCGGAGUCCAGGGCCUCCGCUUACUGACUGAUGUUGAGCGAGACCAUUACAGGUUGUCUUCAUUGGCUACCUGUCUGGACCUGGUGAAAAGAUGUGUGUUGCUUUAUAAAUCACUGCCAUCCUUCAGCGUUAUAUUUCAACCCAUCAGAAUCCUGCUGACUAAACAUCUACCAGCGGAGAGCUUCCCUGCUCCCAUAAAGGACCUUCACAGGGAAAUACUGGAGUCUCUAUCCGGUGCCCCAGCACUGCAGCCUCCGCUGGUGUUCGAUAAAAAGAAGCCCAUUCCUUUGAAGCUGUUUACUCCCAAAAUUGUCGAAGUCCUGGACUACGGAAAGAAGCGGGGCAGCUCAAAGCAGGAACGGGAGCGCGAGAGGCUGACGCACAAGUACAAGAAGGAGUUCAAAGGCGCCCUUCGGGAGAUUCGCAAGGACACAAAAUUCCUGGCUAGGGAGAAACUCUCGGAAAUCAUGAGCAGGGACUCGGAGAGGAAGAGGAAGGUGAAGGAGCUCUUUGGCAGUCUGGCCACGCAGGAAGGAGAGUGGAAAGCCCUGAAGAGGAGGAAGAAGUGAGAGGAUUUCACAGAGGUGGAAACCGGAUCCCUCUGACUAAGAACAAGUCCAACAACUAUAGGGCCAGAAUAACUGAGAAUCUACCAUGCUGUGCUUUACAGCUCUCAGGCCUGAAAAUAAGAUCAGCCGCCAAAAUGGGCAAAGGUUAAAUGUAAAUCAUUUGUAUGAACCCGAAAGAUUUUCUUCGGACCCACCUCAAAAAGACAUUUCCGUCAAAAAUGAAAUUUUAUUUUAAUGUGCAUGUAUGUUUUUUUUUAUUUUUUAGGAACAGCAAUAACACCAUUUCCCAUGUUAAUGCUUUCAACUGUGUGUAAAAACUGGCUAAGCUGAAAGCCCUGUUUGAUUAAAAAAACAUGUACAGUGA